AAUAAAAUGAAUGUUCAGUUUCCCUUACCUUUAUAAAUUUUUUAUUGGCCAUUAUAAUUGUUCCAGCCAAAGUGAGACUUAUUCAAAAGGGGUUGCUUUCAAAAGCUCAUCUCUCUAUCUCUCUCUCUGAAUCUGCUGAUCUCAUCACUACUUACCAUCUUUUACUCCAUCAAAAAAUCCUCAACAACACUCCAAAACAAAAUCCCACUUCCUCAAAACUGAAACAAACAAAAAAUCCUCAACAAUAGAAAUGUAUCCUACACGUCCACAUUAUUGGAGAAGAAGAUUAUCAAUAAACCGGCCACAAGCUUUUCUUCUUUUGAUUCUCUGCCUCUUCUUCAUUCACCACUGCGACGCCUCGAGAUUCUCGUCAUCAAGCGUUUUCUACAGAAACCCUAAUUAUGAUCAUAGCAAUAACACGGUGCGGAGAGGCCAUUUCUUAGGAUUCUUGCCAAGACAUUUACCUGUUCCAGCUUCUGCUCCUUCACGAAAACACAACGACAUUGGUAUUCAAGCCUUGUUGUCUCCUUGAUCACUCUCUCUGUCUAGAUAUAUAGUACUAUAUUUAUAUCUAAUGCAUGCACUCAUACACAAAGAGUACAAGACCAUUCAUCGAUCUCCGAUGUUUGCUUUGACAUGAAAUUAGGGUUUCAGAUGUUUGACCCUAUAAUUGUUCCUUGAUCUUUUGAUUAUUUUUGGUUUGCAUGUAACCUAUUUUAGAUUAGAAGUGAGAGAUAUUGUGAUUAGGUUUGGGUUUUGUUAUUCUCAC